UUGUUUCAUACCACUAAAAAUUUCAUCCAAUCCAAACAAAGAACACCAAGCAAAAACUGAUUCACAACUCAGUAUAGAUGGCAACAAUCAACCUUGUAUUCCCUCUUGUGCACCCAAUCAUCAUAGCCCCACGUUUUCUUCACACCCCAUCAUCACUAUGCGCUCUCACUUCAAAUAGAUUCACAACUCGUUCUAUGGCAAACGAUUUCUUAGGUGAUUUUGGAGCCAGAGACCCUUUCCCAGCUGAGUUAGAGAGUAAGUUUGGAGAAAAAGUGUUAGGAAAUGUGGACACUGAACACAAAAUCCUCAUCCCAAAUAUCUCUGCUCUCUCUCUUUCCCAACAAGAGUGCACCCCCACUUCCCCUCUUCAGUCCCCCAUGUCAGAAGAUGAUGCUCAGAAACUCAUAAGAAAGGUUUUGGGUUGGAGACUUAUGCAUGAGGAAAGUGGACUUAAACUUCAAUGCUUGUGGAAAUUGAGAGAUUUUAAAUGUGGAGUUGAACUCAUCAACAGAAUCUCCAAGGUUGCAGAGGCUGCAGGCCAUUUCCCAAAUAUCCACUUGGAACAACCAAAUCAAGUCAGAGCAGAACUAUGGACAGCUUCCAUUGGAGGAUUAAGUAUGAAUGAUUUCAUUGUAGCUGCAAAGAUAGAUGAAAUAAAGACAUCAGAUCUUGUCCCAAGGAAGAGAGUUUGGGCGUGAUGCCCACUUUAACUCCAUGAAUCAUUUUGCAUUGAGAUUUUCUUCAACACAGAAUUACCACUAAUUUGUGUUAUUUGAUGAAAUCUAUCAUUCUUUGCCCUCAUUUUAAGUGUUUUGCCCUGAAGCCUGUGUACAUGUGUCAUGACUUUUCUUAUUUGAUAAGUGUAAAUGACUCUCAGCAUCCGAAACAGUUUUUUUACAAGAUUCAUUGAAUCAAGAGCAUCAAUAUUGUUGUAACUUUUUGAAGC